AACCGCCCGAAAAGUAAGAAAGGGAACCCCGUUCUUCAACCCUCACGCGCAGUACGCUCGAAAAGAGAAAUUCCAAGCAGUGACUGCUGCAGUGAUUCCUGCUGUCGUCUGCGUGGCGGGCCAUAUCUGCGUGCCUCCGCACUGAGGCCUGCGUAUACGGCUUCAUUCUGCGCGCCGCCUUCCAGGGUGUUGCGAAGAUACGGCAAGCUGACUGUGGUUUAUCCCCGCAGACGUAGACGGCGCCUGCGCGUGUUGCUCUGAAGGAGCAGAUACAGAGAGACCAUCCCGGCACCGACUUCACUUCUGAGGGGCAGCUGCAACUGAGGAGGACGCAUUCUAGGCAUCUUCUGUAUCUACUGCAGGAAUGUCACUCCCACCGGCGCCGCUGCUGCUGCAACAGCUGGCAGUCCUCCUGCUUGCUGCAACGGCAUCGACUGGGGCGGUGAUCUCUCCGCCCACCCUGGUGAAGAUACCAGCGCACGAGCAACUCUUUCAAGUGGCCCAAUCCCCGGAUGAGACGGAGAGACCCUUCUUCCUGGAGUGCGAGGCCACGGGAGAACCCGAGCCCACUUACGAAUGGACGAAGAACGGCGAAAAAUUUGACUACGCUUCGCAAGCGGACCGCAUUUCACAGCUGCCCCGCCGUGGUUCUCUCGUCUUCAUCAACCCCAACGAUGCGGAUGAAGGGCUGUACCAGUGCCUCGCCACCAACCCGCACGGCACGGCGGUGUCCAAUACCGUCUCACUUCGCAAGGCCGAGCUUGGCAAGUUCACCGAAGAGCCACCGAAACAAGUGCGUGUCCAAGAGGGCGACCCGCUGACGCUCCGCUGCGACCCUCCAACGGGGUACCCGGGGCCGACGAUUUUCUGGGUUAUCCAGCAGGCGAACGGUGCUCUUCGAAGGCUCAAUUCGUCCCGCAUAACCGUGGAUCCCGAGGGUUCUUUGCACUUUUCGAACGUCGAGAUUGAAGACGCGAUACCCGAUGCCGUGUACGCCUGCAGCGCGACCUCACCCUUCCUAUUCGAGUACAAGCUGGGCAACAAGAUCCUGCUGAAGGUGGAGUCAAGGCCAGGAACAGAGAAACCAGAGCAAUCGCCCAUUAAGCAGUACGUGUCGCCCGCCGAAAUCUUAGCACUGAGGGGCCGCCAGCUCGAACUUUACUGCAUCUAUGGCGGCACACCAAUGCCGCGGAUUCAGUGGAAGAAGCAGGGAGGAGAUCUGUCGUCGGAACGCGUAUCCUAUUCCAACCACGCUAGAACUCUGCAACUACGCUCGAUAAGCUUCGAGGACGAAGGCACCUACGAGUGCGAAGCCAGCAACGGAGUAGGCGUGGUCCAGACGCACGCCAUGCAAGUCAAGGUGGAGGCAGAACCAUUCUGGUUGCAAGCGCCGACCGACACUAUCGCAGCUGAAGGAGGGAGUGCCACCUUCAAUUGUUCGGCAUUGGGCCUGCCGGAGCCCGAGCUGCGGUGGUACAUGAACGGCGUACCCAUCGAGAUGACGGAGCGCAACAACCACAUUAGGCACGGUGUCGAUGGAUUAUCGCUGAUUAUCGAGCCGCUGACAAAGACUGACAGAGCUGUCUACCAGUGCAAUGCCUCCAACGUCCACGGAUAUGCCUUUCGUAACUUCUUCCUCAAUGUUGUCGAAACUCCGCUCAUCGAGGAACCGCCUGAACCGCUGACGCUCGGUGUGGUGAUGUCGAGGGCGACGAUGCGGUGUCGUGUUUCAAAGAAUCCGCGACCCGAUGUGAAGUGGAUGAAGGAGUCGCAGGAGCUGACCGGAGACCGCUACCGCAUCCUCGACUCCGGGGACCUGCAGAUUGAUGGCCUCAGAUUCACGGAUCAGGGGGAAUACACGUGCUGCGCCAGCCACAAAUCUCGUGUUGCUGCGGCCUCUGGAUCGCUAGAGGUCAAGCUCAAGACGCGCAUUACCCAGCCACCGCAAGACUACGAGGUGGCAGCUGGCAAAUCCGCGACCUUCCGCUGCAGCGCCGUAGCGGAUCCAAGUCUGGAGCUCUCUGUCGGAUGGUUGUUCAAUGACCAGCCUGUGGACCUUGAGACCGACCCACGCGUGGUUCAACUGAAUGACAACUCGCUGAUCAUCACACGAACCACCGCGCUCGACUCGGGCGUCUAUACUUGUGUGGCACGCACCGAAGUCGAUAGUGACCGCGCAAUGGCUACACUUAUCGUUCAGGAUGUGCCAAAUCCGCCACAGGUGCUUCAAGUCGAGUGCAACAAUCGUGAUGUUCUUCUGGAAUGGAAGCAAACAGGCGAUAACCGGGCCCCUAUUUUGCAAUAUUCCAUUCAAUAUAACACCUCAUUCAACCCUGACGUGUGGGAAGAUGCCUUUGUCAACAUACCUCCUACUGAUAACAAGUUCAGGCUGUCCGUGAGUCCUUGGGCAAACUACUCCUUUAGUGUAGUCGCUCGCAACAAAGUCGGGGCCUCGCUGCCUUCAGAAGCAUCAACGACAUGCACGACUCCUGAAGACGCACCGUACAGGAACCCCGACCAUGUCAUGGGACGCGGGGAACGCUUCGACAACCUGGUCGUCACCUGGACGCCUAUGCCCCCCAUAGAGCACAAUGCACCGGGAUUCUUCUACAAGAUACUCUGGAAGCGCCACGACAUCCCCGGCGCCACGUGGAGUGAACGCAUCAUCGAGGACUGGAAGCAGAACCGACUCGUCGUCCCCGAUCAACCUACGUUCAAGCCAUACCGCAUCAAGGUCGAGGCGUACAACCGGCUCGGCCAAGCAAUCACUGCCCCUUUGGAAGUCAUCGGAUAUUCGGGCGAGAAUGUGCCGUUGGCUGCGCCCCGUGACUUCACUCUGACGGAAGUCAUUGGCCCCCGCACCGCCGAGUUUACUUGGAGCCCCGUGAGCUCCGAGUCUGUGCGGGGUCAAUUCCGCGGAUACAAAAUCCAAACGUGGACAUCCGACGAGGGCAUGGAAAGGCUGCGGGAGAUGGUAAUUCCGGCCAACGAGAAUACUGCCACUGUCAGCCUGUUCCGGCCCUUUUCACGCAACGUAGUCCGCAUCUUGGCGUUCAAUAACAUGUACAACGGGCCGCCAUCGGACACCAUCGAGUUCACGACACCGGAGGGCGUCCCGGGGCCGGUAGCUUCGUUCGAGGGCAUACCUCUUGGGUCGACAGCCGUGUACCUCACGUGGAAGCCGCCCUCGGAGCCCAACGGCUUACUUACGGGCUACCGCAUCUACUACGAAGAGGUGCGCGGCAGCAUGCUGGGACCCAAGACCGAACGUCGGCCACCUGUGAGCGACCCGCAGAAGUUGCGUGCCAAGCUCGCGGGUCUUAAGCCGCGCUCCAAAUACCGCAUCACUAUUCAAGCGUCGACGUAUGUGGGCCAAGGAGAGCCAUACUUCAUCGAGCUGAGAACGCCGGAUGAGUCCGAGAACCUCCCUGACGCAGCCGACUUCAUCUGGGUAUACGUGCCAGAAGACGAAGACCGACGCGCAAGUCUGCGGGUGACAUGGUUGCCGCCCUUGACCGGACACCCUGGCAGCGACUUCUACGUCCAGUACCGCCGCAAGGGUGACCAGGAGUGGGAGAACACCACGCUCGCGGAGCAUGAAGACAGCAUCCUGGUCACGGGCCUGGACAAACACGCCUUCUACGAAGUGCGCAUCGUUGUCGUCGAUGGCAAAUACCAGAAGCAUUCGCAGAUCGAGGAGGUGUGGACAGGAACUCUCGAUGUCCCCAAUCCUCCGGAGAUACUUCGCGUGGAAUGCGAAGCGGUCACGGCUCUCGUAGAGUGGGCACCCCGAGGCGACAACCGGGCGUCCAUCCUGUCGUACUCAGUCCAGUACAGUGUCACUCCGAACUCGUGGGAGGACAUUGCCCCGGAGAUUCCUGCGUCGGACACCAGUUUUCGGCUGGCGCUGAGUCCUUGGGCCAACUACACUUUCCGGGUGGUGGCUCGCAAUAAGGUCGGACCUUCGGCACCCUCUGAGCCAUCGGCAACGACGUGCGUGACCCCCGAAAGCGUGCCGUUCAAGAAUCCUGAUUCCGUCACAGGCCGGUGGAACGUUUUCGAUGACCUCGUCGUAUCUUGGAUGCCCAUGGCACUCAUCGAUCAAAAUGCACAAGGAUUCUUCUACAGGGUGUCCUGGAAGCAGCACGACCUUCCCGAUGCCGCAUGGAGCUCGCAUGACGUCAAAGACUGGACGCAGGACAGGCACGUCCUGCGUGGCCUGCCCAGGUCUUCGCCCUACAGCGUCCGCGUGGAGGCACACAACCGGCUUGGUCAGGCGAACGUCUUGGCCAGAGAAAUUGUAGUUCCGAAGAAUGAGAAAGCGAAGCUCGUGGAUAUUAUGGACGCGCUUCUUGCAUAUAUUUGUGUGUGUAUGUGCGUGUUGCCCGCGUUUCGCUGGCAACGAUUCUGUGUGUGUCAAGGGGGACGCCGACCGUUCGGAAGUUGUCGUCGGCCCUGUGUGUGUGCGCGCCUGAGUGUGUGUGGACCGCAGAGGAGAGCGCCCGCAAGGUCUCCGGGACCGGGCACUCCCAGGUUCAAGCUAGGGAUGGCGCUUGUACCAGCACUGCUGCUGCUGCUGGGUGCAGCAGUGGUGGGUGCAGUGGUGCCCUCUCCGCCCACCAUGGUGAAACAGCCCAAACACGAGCAGCUGUACCAGGUGUCCCAGUCUCAGGAUGAGUUGGACAAGCCAUUCCUGCUCGAGUGUGAAGCUCAAGGCCACCCCGAGCCCACGUACGAAUGGACAAAGAACAACAAGGAGUUUGACUACGUCUCGUAUGACAAGCGAAUCUCGCAGCAGCCCCGCCGUGGUACGCUCGUCUUCACCAAGCCAGACGAUGUCGACGAAGGAUUGUACCAGUGCCGUGCAACCAACCUUCAUGGCACAUCUGUGUCCAAUUCUGUGUUCCUGCGCAAGGCUGAACUCAACAACUUUGCAGAGGAGACCACCAAAGAAGUUUAUGUGGUGGAGGGUGACCCACUGUCGCUCGACUGUAACCCUCCCACGGGUUAUCCACGCCCAAACAUCUUCUGGCUAAUACAGUACUCGAGUGGUGCACUGCGUAAUGUCAACUCAUCGCGCAUCACCGCGGAUCCUGAGGGUGAUCUGCACUUCUCACGUGUUGAACUGGGUGACGCACUUUCAGAUGCCGUAUACACAUGCAGUGCCACGUCGGUGUUCAGGCGUGAAUACAAGAUUGGCAAUAAGAUCCAGUUGAAAGUUGAGCCAACGUCGAGUGCAGGAAAGGCAGAACACGCACCCGUCAAGCAGUACCUGUCGCCCCCAAACCUUGUUGCACUUCGAGGCCACGAACUGAAACUCUACUGCAUCUACGGUGGUACGCCAUCACCCCAGAUCUCGUGGUCCAAGCGGGGCUCAAAUCCCACGUCACGACGCUUCACGUACUCCAAUUAUGGCAAGACGCUGGAAAUUCGUUCAGUGGGCUUCGAGGACGAGGGCACGUACGAGUGCCAAGCCAACAAUGGUGUGGGUGUAGCCCAGACCCACGCCAUGCAUGUCAAGGUGGAAGCAGCACCGUACUGGCUGCGUGUGCCGGACAACACAAACGCGGCUGAAGAGGAAAGUGUCAGCUUUGAGUGCGCAGCAACAGGCAUCCCCGAGCCCAAACUGCAGUGGUUUGUAAAUGGCGUGCCGGUUGAGAAGGCCGAGCCCAAUGCCCGCCGCAAAGUUGAGGGUACAUUGCUCACCAUCGAGGCACUUACCAAACGUGAUACGGCUGUCUACCAGUGCAACGCCUCCAACCCUCAUGGCUAUGCCUUCCGUGACUUCUACCUCAAUGUGCUCGCACUUCCACCUACCAUCACGGAAGCGCCUGAACAGCUUACACUGGCUGUGGUAACGUCGAGGGUGACUCUGCGUUGCCGUGUGUUUGGAGCUCCGCGACCCGAAGUAAAGUGGAUGAAGGAAGCCCAGGAGCUGACCGGAGGCCGCUACCAUGUCCUUGACUCGGGCGACUUACAGAUUGACGACCUGCUAGUCACUGACCAGGGAGAAUAUACUUGCUAUGCUAGCAAUAAAUUUGGUGAUGCUUCAGCAUCUGGAUCAUUAGAAGUCAAAGGCAAGACACUCAUCACUCAGCCACCUGAGAAUUAUGAGGUGGCGGCAGACAAGAGUGCAACCUUCCGGUGCAAUGCAGAAGCAGAUCCAAGCCUGGAACUACGCAUCGAAUGGCUAUUCAAUGGCCAGCCUGUGGACCCAGAAGCAGAUGCACGUAUGGUGCAGGCGGGCGACAACUCGCUCACCAUCACACGCACCAUUGAGCUCGACUCGGGUAUCUACACGUGUGUGGCACGCACUGAGCUCGACAGUGAUCGUGCACAGGCCACUCUAACUGUCCAGGAUGUGCCCAAUCCACCACAGAUGGUCAAAGUUGACUGCGAUGGUCUCAUGGCUCUCGUGGAGUGGAAGCCCACAGGCGAUCGGCGGGCCCCUAUACUGUCAUACUCCAUUCAGUACAACACUUCCUUCAGCCCUGACACAUGGGAAGAUGCCUUUGUGAACAUACCCGCCCCUGACACUAAGUUCAAGGUUUCCAUGAGUCCCUGGGCCAACUACACGUUCCGGGUGGUGGCUCGCAACAAGAUCGGGCCCUCGCUGCCCUCAGGGGCAUCGUCGAGGUGCACGACUCCUGAAGACGUGCCACACAAGAACCCCGACCGCGUCAUGGGCCGUGGUGACCGCUUCGACAACCUGCUCAUCACAUGGACACCUAUGCCUCCCAUUGAGCACAAUGCACCGGCCUUCUUCUACAAAGUACUUUGGAAGCGUGACGACAUCCCUGAUGCCACAUGGAAUUCUCGCAUCAUUGAGGACUGGAAGCAGAAUCGACACGUCGAGUAUGGCCAGCCUACGUUCAAGCCAUAUCGUAUCAAGGUUGAGGCCCACAACCGGCGAGGCCAGGCACACACAGCUGCCACCGAAAUCAUUGGAUACUCAGGUGAGAAUGUGCCAUUGGCCGCUCCUCAAGACUUCAGGGUGGCGAAUGUUGUCGACGCCCGCACGGCCAACUUCACUUGGAGUCCCGUCAGUCCAGAGUCCGUGCGGGGCCACUUCCGUGGCUACAAGAUCCAAACAUGGACUCCCGAUGAAGGUGAAGAGAAACUGCGAGAAGUGGUGGUGCCGGCGAAUGUGACGACAGCAACAGUCAGUCUGUUCCGGCCAUUUUCGAGCAACCUGGUCCACGUACUGGUAUUCAAUGACAUGUACAAUGGUCCACCGUCAGACAGCAUAGAAAUCACCACACCCGAGGGCGUUCCAGGGCCAGUAGCUUCGUUCGAGGGUAUUCCAAUGGGCUCGACAGGCAUUUACCUGCUCUGGAAGCGCCCGUUGGAGGCCAACGGUGUGCUGACAGGCUACCACAUUUACUAUGAGGAGGUACGUGGCACUCAGCUUGGGCCCAAGAUGGAGCGACAGCCACCUGUGCGUGACCCCUUGGAGUCGCGAGCCAAACUGGCAGGCCUCAAGCCACGCACCAAGUACCGGAUUACAAUCCAUGCAGCCACUGCACAGGGCCAAGGGGAUCCCAACUUCAUCGAGCUGGAGACGGCCGAUGAGUCUGAGCGUGUGCCAGACAUGCCCGACUUUACGUGGGCCUACCUGCCGGAUCGGGAUGGACAUGCAGCUGUGCAGGUGACUUGGUUGCCAGCUAUGGCGGGCCACCCGGGCAGCCACUUCUAUGUUCAGUACCGACGCAAGGGUGACGAGACGUGGGAGACCACCAUGGUAGAGAAGAACGAGGACAACAUCCUGGUCAAGGGCCUGGAGACAGGCGCCCUGUACGAGAUGCGGGUCAUUGCCGUCGACGGAAAACACCAACGACCUUCGCGAAUCGAGGAGGUCGAGACUGGAGGCCUUGCCAUCCGGGCACCAGGCAGUCCCGACGCAGUGGCUGGUGCAGCCUGGUUCAUCGGCAUGAUGUGCGCCCUGGCCCUGCUCCUGCUGCUUCUCAUCCUCGUGUGCCUGGUGAAGCGUAACCGUGGUGGCAAGUACUCGGUCCACGAUAAGGAAGUGGCCCAGGGUCGAGACCUUGACUAUGACGGAGGCUUCCACGAAUACACUAAGCCUGCCCAGCAGGCACCGGUGCGUGGCAGCCGGACUUCGCUGCACUCUAGCACCAAGGAGAGCGACAGCGACAGCAUGGCUGAGUACGGAGAAGGCGACCCGGGUCAGUUUGGCGAGGAUGGCUCCUUCAUUGGCGAGUACGGCCCCAAACGCCGGCAGCAGCAGCAGCUGCAGCAGCAGCGGCCACCCGAGAUGACAUCCCCUUCGGCGUUGGCCACAUUUGUCUGAAGCUUUCUUUGGCUUUGCUCUCCCGCGGUCUCUCUCCACUGGCUGCACCCAUUUCUCGCCCUGCAGUCGCCUGCCAUUCUGAAUCACAGCCGAGCAAGGUUGAGAAAGGCUCUAAGAGCUGCAGCCCAUAUAGUGGAUGGUAGCCCUCAAGCGUGUGGGCAUUAUUGCAUCACUGCCUUUGGCAUAGCCAAGUGAUUCUAAACAACAGGGACAUCUUUUAGGGUAACUUAAGGAAAUUGGUAUUUGGCCACGCUUUCUGGGGAAGAGCACAGAUGCACAAUGCUGAGAGGCCAUGCUAAACACUCUUUGAAGAUUUUGUUCCUUUCUGGGGAGUAUUUCAGUAGUUUGGCAACACGCAACACAGCAUUCCCUCCAACUAAUGAUGUUGUACUUGUCUAGAUGCCGGUGAUAGGGAAGAACUGGGCACACACACCGGUGAAGGAAACGCAGUGCCCAUGAGAGUGAUGACUCGUCGUGCGCUCUUGAAAAAUGUUGCACUUUCUCGUGGUGUACUCUUGUCGUACAGUAAUAAUUGCCAUGAUUCUAAUUUUCCCUUGCUUGCAUUGACUCAGUGUGGCCAGUGCCUUCCUCCUGUCGCCAUCUGCCUGCACACAUAUAGCAUUGCUGGCUGAUACCUAUUGUACAGAUACGGUUAAAGAAAGUGCCCAUAAGAGUGGUGACAGUUACUACCGUGAGGCAAAAGUACACUCUUAAACAUUUGCCCCCAAACAGUAAUGAUCACCUAUCUUGCAUGCACUUCUUUUGUUUAAUACCGCUCCCAGUACUUCCAGGUCACAAACAGUAUGUGCUUAUCAGAUAAGCAUGGUGUUCCUGACAGGAAAGUGUCGGGUGCUUAGCGCUAGAGAAAUGAAGUACAUACAAGACAGGCGACAAUUAUCGUUUGAGCACAAUAUAAACUUAAGACGACGUGAAAAUUCUUUUAGUGUGUACAUUCUGACAAGGUGCAGCAUUUUUAAAGUGUGUUGAAAGUAGACGUAAAAAAAAACCAGAGGUGUCAAGAACUGAUGAGCUCGAGGGAUAUGUGGAAUAGCCGAGUGUGCGCUGCGUGUGGUACAGGGUGCAGCCAGUGGAAGAGGCUACGUGCUGCUGGUUGGCUUCUUUGCGCUGUUGCCGGCACCCUGCGCAGGUCCCUGGCCCCUGGCACAAAUAGUUGCCGUCCUCCGCGGUCACAUGGCCCUGGGGAGAGGAGUGGUUGGGGGGCCCAAGCACAGACCCGGGCUUCAGCCUCUUGCAGUGCACAUUCCAUUUAGAAUCUUCUGUAGACAAGCCUAGUGCGUUCCUUUUCGUGUCUUGUUUCCUUUUAUGAGUCUUUAUCGUCUCCAAGAGGCUAUUUGUGCUGUUUUUAGUUUGUAAAUAUGUGCAUUUCUCAUGUUUUUAGAUGGCACCACAUACACACACACAUGAAACAAAAUGCAAGGCAGCUGCUCUUACGCUAGCUGAUCUCUGUUCCUUUGUGCCCGGAGCUUUGAAGAAGGCGCGCCGUCUGCCACUGCUGUUGUGUCGUCCUCAUUCAUUGCUCUGGAAGGAACUACGGGAGGGGAAGGUAAAGGUAAGGCAGUUUGGGUGCAUGCUUCGGCUGUCCACCGCAAACUGAUGGCCAUGCUGAAAAGGCUGCAGCAUUACGCCACUUUUGUUUUGAAGAGGUCAAGAUCUGAAGAUAGGGAAUCUCGUAGCUAGAGAUUGGCAGCUUUAUAAUAACCUCAUUUUGAGCAUCAGUGCUUCUCAUGACUACAGGUUUGCAGCAUAAUAACCUCAUUUUUACAGUCGAACGAAAACGUGCCAAGAUGGCCACAUCAAAAAGUCGGACAAAAGGCAUGUGGUUGCCUGCUAUCAAGUAUUACUAGUAAUUUUAUUAAGAUGCGACAGGUUUUCCAAGUGUUGAAAUGGCACACUUGAGGCUCUAACUUAAUAUCUCAACCAGCUCAGCUGGACUUUCCACAAUCACCUACCUCUCGUCGCAGGCAAACCAAGCACAUACCGAGCAUGAUCAGGGUUUAGAAGUUGCACGAGUGCAAAAGUACCGAAAUGGUAUAACAUUUCUAAAGCUGUGUAGUAACACGGGCACUCUCUUUAUUUGCUUUUGAGUUCAUCUAAAGUAGAACGAACUUCGUUCAAAUGCUCCGAAGUUAAAGAAAGCCUUGAAGGCACCGAAGUUGGUAACUUGUGCCUGACAAACAUGAUGUAUGGUAGAUGUACGAAGCAGCACCCAAGCCAUCCAGUGCAAACACAUAGGGCAAGCAGCUAUGAUGUUUUUUCUCACUGCCUAAGCGAAACUUAAGAGCAAGUUGUCAUGUAGGGCAUCUGUUCACGUGCGACAUUGAGGCCGCAGUGUCGCUGGCAUCUUCUUUUACACACAUUUUACGUUUCUCAUAUCUGCACUCCUGGCUCAUUUGGCCAGGCCUCAUGGUGCAACGGGCAGCUGUGAUGUCGUGCUGUCCUGUUAGGUGCGCAGCGGUAUUUGCACUGAGAAGUCGACGAAUCUCAUUUUGUGUUAUUGCCGAAUCUCAUAUUUUCUUCCACAUGUAUAUGUUGUGAGUCACCUGUUUCAUAUUGGAGUACCUUUCUCGCCUAGCGGUAGGUGUUCAUGACGUCGCGCCUUCUUUUUCGUUCUUUUGUUUUCCUACCCUAUGUCCUCCGUAUGCCAAUGAUGUCUGCUGUGUGGUAGGUAUUACAUGUCCACUUUUACUAUGUGACGUGGUGUACAUGGGUUGCAGAUCUGUAUUUUGAGCUUUGUGAAAGACGGCACGAUUGAACAAGUUGUGUUAUUUUGCUGGAAGAAAAUAAAGACCUGGCGUUCCGCUACAGA